CGCCGGGUCCACGCUGGCCGUGCCCGCUGGGGCACCUCUGCUUUGGCUCUCGAGCACCGAAAGCUCAAAGCCACUUCUUUCCAACCCCCAUGUGCCCGCAGCCGAGCCGACACGGUAGAUACAGCCCACAGCCUGCUGUCAGCCCCUCAGCAGAACGGAGCAACCCUGCUGAUCCCGAGCGGUGCUCAGUCAGGACAUCGCUGUCUUCGCGCUGCAGGCUCCGCGGGAGCGGCAGGAAAGCUCCGCCUCCGGCCGUUCGGGAACAGCCUGAUAAAGGCAGGUGCGGGCAAGCAGCAGGACCCUAGCUAGAAGCAUCUGCCUAUGCAGAGAGACCCUGACCCGUCCUUGGCCACCCCAUGCAAAGCAGCACCUGAGCCAGCCGGUGCGGCCGUGCCGACGGUGGCGGGAUAGGACCCUCUCUGCCUUCCUGCGCCCGUGUCCCGCGGUCCACAGUCUUCGGUCGCGUCUCUGCGAAGGGGCAAGGACCUCGCCCUCAAGGACCUCCGAAGAGGCGGGAUUUCUCAGGGAAGGGGAAGCAGGAUUUUGUUGUGUGGCUUGGAGAUGAGGCAGCUAUCUGGAGUGGGGUUCCUCCUGGGGCUGAUGGCUCUCCCAGUGGCGCUGGGACAGAAAAGCUCGGGAAGCCCUAUAAAUAGCAACCAGUCUCAAAGCUUUGCCAUUGUCUCUUUCAAAUGGGAUCACGUCAAGGACCCUUAUGUCAUUACACUCUGGAUACUCGUGGCCAGCCUGGCCAAAAUCGUUUUCCAGUUGUCCCACAGAGUCACUCGGGUGGUUCCAGAGAGUGCUCUUCUGAUUGUUCUUGGUCUCUUCCUUGGUGGCAUUGUAUGGGCAGCAGAUCACAUUGCCUCCUUUGCCCUUACACCAACUGUAUUUUUCUUCUAUCUGCUGCCCCCCAUUGUUUUGGAUGCUGGAUAUUUUAUGCCAAAUAGACUGUUUUUUGGAAAUCUUGGUUCUAUCCUUCUGUAUGCUGUCAUUGGGACAGUCUGGAAUGCUGCCACAACCGGUUUAUCACUCUAUGGCGUCUAUCAGACAGGAAUAAUGGGCCACCUGAAUACUGGACUGCUGGACUUCCUUCUGUUUGGCAGCUUAAUUGCCGCUGUGGAUCCUGUAGCUGUUCUGGCAGUGUUUGAAGAAGUCCAUGUCAAUGAAGUUCUAUUCAUCAUUGUUUUUGGAGAAUCACUUCUGAAUGAUGCUGUAACUGUGGUGCUGUACAAUGUGUUCGAAUCUUUUGUUACAAUAGGUCCGGAGAAUGUGACGGGGACUGAAUGUGUGAAAGGCAUAGUGUCAUUCUUUGUGGUGAGCCUGGGUGGUACACUGGUUGGCAUUUUCUUUGCAUUCCUGCUCUCCUUGGUCAGUCGUUUCACCAAGCAUGUGAGAAUCAUUGAACCUGGAUUUGUGUUUAUCAUUUCCUACCUGUCCUACCUCACAGCAGAGAUGCUUUCUCUUUCUGCUAUCCUCGCGAUAACUUUCUGUGGCAUCUGCUGUCAGAAGUAUGUCAAGGCUAACAUAUCUGAACAGUCUUCUACAACUGUAAGGUAUACCAUGAAAAUGAUGGCCAGUGGAGCAGAAACUAUUAUCUUCAUGUUCCUGGGAAUUUCAGCUGUAAAUCCAGAUAUCUGGACUUGGAAUACAGCUUUUAUUCUGUUGACUCUAGUCUUCAUCUCAGUAUAUCGAGUUAUUGGUGUAGUUUUACAGACAUGGAUUCUUAACCACUACAGAAUGGUCCAGUUGGAAAUAAUAGACCAGGUGGUGAUGUCAUAUGGUGGACUACGUGGAGCAGUUGCUUUUGCUCUGGUUGUACUUCUGGAUGUGGAAAAAGUGAAAGAGAAAAAUCUGUUUGUCAGCACAACUAUCAUUGUUGUGUUUUUUACUGUCAUUUUCCAGGGACUGACUAUCAAGCCUUUGGUACAGUGGCUGAAAGUGAAGAAAACUGAACACAGAGAGCCAAAACUGAAUGAGAAACUUCAUGGCAGAGCCUUUGAUCACAUUCUUUCUGCGAUAGAAGACAUUUCUGGACAAAUAGGACAUAAUUAUCUGAGAGACAAGUGGUCCAAUUUUGAUAGGAAAUUCCUCAGUAAAGUACUGAUGAGAAGGUCUGCUCAAAAAUCAAGAGACCAGAUCCUUAAUGUUUUCCAUGAGCUCAACUUGAAGGAUGCAAUUAGCUAUGUGGCUGAGGGAGAACGCAGAGGUUCCUUGGCAUUUAUACGCUCUCCAAGUACAGACAACAUGGUGAAUGUGGAUUUCAACACCCCACGUCCAAGUACUGUGGAAAGCUCUGUCUCUUAUUUACUGAGAGAAAAAGCUGGACCAGUGUGCCUUGACAUGCAAGCUUUAGAGCAGAGGAGAAAAAGUAUCCGGGACACAGAAGACACAGUUGCUCAUCACACUCUACAACAGUAUCUGUAUAAACCUAGGCAGGAGCAUAAACACCUGUACAGUCGACAUGAGAUCAUGCACAGUGAAGAUGAGAAACAAGACAAGGAGAUUUUCCAUAGGACAAUGAGGAAGCGCUUAGAAUCUUUCAAGAGUACCAAACUAGGAAUAAACCAUCCCAAGAAGCUCAAUAAAAUUCACAAGCGAGACCGAGGACAAAAAAGGCGAAACAGCAGUGUCAUACCAAAUGGAAAAAUACCUUCAGAAAAUCCAGUACAAGAUUUUACUUUGAAGGAAAAAGAUUUGGAGUUUUCUGAAUCAGAAGAAAAUGAUUAUGAAACUUUGCAUCUAGGCAAAGGAGUUGACUUCCUGGCUAAUGUGACACAGCAAAAUUUCACAGACGCUCCUACUGGUGAUAUCAACCAUGAUGUUGAAAUGACAGAAUACUCCUCUUCAGAUGAUCAACUAAACCAAACUGAAGGUGUUUCAGUGAAUCCCCUCCACUUCUUCCCAUCAUGUCUUGAGAUGCCUUGGACACAAAACUAUUCUUCACUGGAAAACAGAGGGAAUGUAUCUCUUUCUACUGUCUCUGAAUAUAUAGCUUCUUGUGACCCAAAUGUACCUGAUCUCUUCUGGGAAUCGGGUGCAGAUACAAAUAACAAAGAGACAGUAAAUUCAGGUUAUUGUUCUGAAGUUAACUACAAAUCACAGAAUUCACAAGAAGAUAAUUCCUUACUUAUAUUUGAAGGGCUGGAAGACUCUUAUGUGAAGGAGCCCCAAGAGAAGAAAUUGUUGCUUGACACACAAGGAAACUACAGAUCUGUUGCCAGACGUGUACAAAGCCGACGUUCUUUUCACAGGCCAAAACCUCUGCAACACCCUAAGCUUCAGAAGCUAGCAUCUCUUCCAGCAUCUUGCCAUGUCCCUCCACAUUCUUUGGAACAAGAAGAAACACAGUUGUGAGACAACUUUCUCAUUGAAGGGAGAAGAUGAGACAGAAUAACUUAAACAAGGGCUUCUAUAAAAAUAGAAAGCAACCUAUUGGUUCAUGAAGUCUGCUCUAGAACGGUUUCAGAUGGAAAGGGAGUCCUAUGAUGUCAGAAACACUGGAGCUUUUGCGCUGCACUUACAUUUUUAAGUUCUCAUUCGUAAUGAAGGGAAACAUGCCUCCUUGUUAUUUUGUUCAUGUAGACUGUUACAAAAGAUCAAUAUUAUUUUUGGAAGGCUAAAUCACGAAUCUUUUCAAAUGGUAAAUCCUUGGGUUUUUACAUGGAAAUGGUUUCUUAUGCCAUUAUGCCAUAAAUGCAUUUAAAGAAAUAGGCUACAUUUGAUGCUUCAGUAAUGGAAGUAAAUAUUUAUGAUGUAUGAAAUCAAUGUAGGAGAAGCCAAUGGUUAGCCUCUUGCCUGCUUUUAAACGAUGUUUUAAAGUCUACUGUGAUUGAAAUGGAUCAGUGCCUUUUAUAAGUGCAAGCUAAAGAAAAAUAUUUUCAUGCUCUUGAACAUUUGUGUCACUGAGUAACUGUGGGAUAGUGACUCUGGUGGAAAAUUUCCCAGGGAGAGGAAAGUCCUGGCAUCUUGAAAUUUAAUCAAGGGCUCCAGGAAGGCUAUUUCCUUCCUUCACCUUCAUUUCCUCUACUCAGUAGCACUGGAAUGUAAGAACGUCCAGAAUUAGCUAAGACUUUUAAUUUGUGUGCUCACAGGCAACACAUUUCAUAUUCUUAAUUAUGCUGCUGUGUUUUAAAUAGCCUCACUCAGACAGAAUGUAAAUAUUUGUCAUUUUUACUGCUGCUUUGGAAGACAGCUUCCAAAUACUCUUUUGGAUUUUAUUGUUAAUUUAUGUAUCAUUUUCAAUAGCUGAUCAGGAUAAUGGUCUCUCAGAUCCUAUCCUGUGUUUUGCCACAUGGUUUAAGUGCCACAGUGACUCAGGAUGUUGAUGGUACAGAGGUAGUUUGGCUACUGUGUAUAUAUAUAUAUCUCUAUAUAUAUAUAUCUGUUUGUGUUAGGAAAUUAUUUUUUGUCCCAAAUUUUCUGUUAAAUGAUAUUAAUUAAAAUUGCACUAGACAUCUAUUGUGUAUAGAUUUGGUCUGCAUCACCUUGAAGACAGCGGAGACAUCAGUGAAAGCCAACUCAGAUGAAGACUAAAGAAAAGUGAAAACUAAGACAUCUCAUGGAUGUAUAAUACUACAUAACAGUGUAUACUCCAUGGGCAUAUCUGUAUUUUGCCUUGGAUAAUUUCAGUCCUGAAUUUUUUGGCUUGAAGUCUUCUGCGGUAUUAAGUUGCAAAGAUUCAGUGACAUGAAUAGAAGAUGAGUGCUUAGCUGCUUCUGUGAUCCUAAUGUGCACCUUAUUUCUAUUUGACAUCAGUGUAAACCAUUGGUAAAUGAACUGAGUCACCUUCAGGGAAUCUAAAUUGCUCAAGACAGAGGCUUUAUCUGGUAAAUUUUACUUUAUCAUAGGAAUCAGUGGUUGUUUCACUUUACCUACCCAGAUUUUGAACAGUUUUUAAGUGAUUCUGUG